CCCCCCUUCCCGCAGGAUUUCUUCACCGAGGGGCUGUGGGCGCAGCUGCCCCCGGCCUGGCAGCCCGCCCUGGCCAAUGCCACCCCCCAGCAGCUGGCCGGGCUCCUGGGGGGCCGUGGUGACCCCGGGGCCGCCUGGCCCCUGUCCCUGCUGGCCUUCGCCGCCGCCGCCCGGGCCCUCUCCUUCCCCCGGGGCCGCCCGGGGGGGUCCCCGCGCCCCCCCUGCCAGAGCCCCCGCCUGCACCCUCUGCUGCGCCGCCACGUCAAGCCCAAAAAGCAGCACGAGAUCCAACGCCUGGGCAAGCUGCUGCGGCGGCUGAGCCAGAGCACCGGCUGCCAGCGCGUGGUGGACGUCGGAGCAGGGCAGGGCCACCUCUCGCGCUUCCUGUCCUUCGGCCUCGGCCUGUCGGUCACGGCGGUGGAGAGCGACGCCCGCCUGGCCGGGCUGGCCGAGCGCUUUGACCGGGAGCUGCUGCGGGAGCUGCAGAAAAAGGGGGCCUCUGGGCAGGGGGGACACCCCCAGCGCCGCCCCCUCACCCCCCGCGCCCCCCACCACGUCCCCGGGCGCCUCGACCCCGCCGCUCCCUGGGGGGAGUUCCUGCUGCCCCCCGACCCGCCGGGGCCUGGCCCCACCGCCCAGAACCCGCUGGGGGGCCCGGGGGGCUCCGAGGACGGAGGGCCGGUGCUGGUGACGGGGCUGCACGCCUGCGGCGACCUCAGCCCGGCGCUGCUGCGCCACUUCGCCCGCAGCCCCGCCGUGGCCGCCGUGGCCUCCGUGGGCUGCUGCUACAUGAAAGUGUCGACCACCCCAGGGCCCCCCGGCUGCCCCGCGCCGGGGUACCCGCUGAGUGCCUCGGUGGUGGCGCUGCCGGGCCACCGGCUGUCGUACCGGGCGCGGGAGGCCGCGUGCCACGCGCGGGAGGAGUACGAGGGGCGGCUGCGCGGUGGCGACGGCGGCGCCCGCCUGCUCGCCCACGGCUACCGCGCCGCCCUCGAGGGCGUCAUCCGCACCGCCGACCCCGCCAAGAGGCACCUGGGCCUGCAGCCGGGCAGGAGGGCACACGCCCUCGGCUUCGAGGAAUAUGCCCGCCUGGGGCUGCCCCUGGCGGGGCUGGACCCGGCGGGGGUCCCACUGGAUUGGGGGGCCGUGGGGGCCAUGCUAGAGCAGCAGCACAAGGUGGUCGCGUUCUACACCCUGGGGCAGCUCCUGGCGCCCGUCGUGGAGACCCUCGUGCUGCUCGACCGCCUGCUGUACCUGCGGGAGCAAGGUUUCCACUGUGCCCUUGUGCCCCUGUUCAACCCCCGUUUCUCUCCACGGAACUUGGUGCUCGUGGCCUCGCGGACCCCGCUGGCCGCAGCGCUGGCCGGGCUGGCCAGGGACAGCGAGGAUGGAAACAGCAGCGAGGAUGAGGAGCCAGGGGGCUGAGAGGCC